UCUGGGCCACAGACUGCAGUGGGAGGAGGCAGUUUCGGGAUUAACUGGGGUCUUUGCGAAGGCGGCAGAGCAGAGUUUGAACCGCUGCGGCGCACAGAGACGGAACAGUUAUGUAUUUCUGUUAACGCUGAAAUCUGACGCUGGGAGAAGAAGGAGAAAAAAUAAAGCUCCAGGAGCGACGCGUAAAAUUAGUUUGACGACCAACGACUGAGAUUGAAGGAUUUCGGAGAUGACCUGAAGUUAUUUUUCUGUUAAUUUGUCCCUCUGCACAAAAGUGACCCUGCGGGUUUUAGGGUAAAAAAAAAGAGAGAGAGAAAGUCGGACUGACAGCAAUUUGCACAACCCUGCUUUUAUUUUCAUCUCUGGCCAGGGUCGGGGAGGAGAUGAUUACUCGGGAUGGGACUGUGCCUCGGUACCGAAAUUACAGAGGAGAAGAAGGCCAAGAUACACAGUGCCAAGAUAGACAGAGACCUGUACGAAUACGCAAAGCGGGAGAUGAAUGUGGUCAAAAUUCUCCUACUAGGUGCAGCAGAGAGCGGUAAAAGCACUUUGGUCAAACAGAUGAAAAUCAUUCACAGCAACGGCUUCACCAAACAAGAACUUUCCAGCUUCAAGCCUGCGGUGCUGGAUAACCUUCUGACUUCUAUGAAGUUUGUCCUCCAUGGGAUGGGUGUCCUCCGAAUCAAUUUGGCCAACAGCAGGAACAAGGUCCACGCCCAUUCUGUCCUGUCAUGUGGACGGUGUUUUGAUGAAGAAGAGGUGCUGUUUCCUUUCCUGAGCCACGCUCUGUCCUGUCUGUGGGCUGACCAGGGGGUGAGGGCCGCAGCCGCCCGGGGUUACGAGUACGAGCUCAAUGACUCUGCUCUGUAUUUCUUUGACAACAUGACCCGCAUCAUGUCUCCAGACUAUGUGCCCACAGAGACAGACGUCCUGCGAGUACGACUGAGGACGACGGGUGUGAUAGAGACCCAGUUUAAAGUCAACCACCUGAUUUUCAGGAUGUUUGAUGUUGGAGGCCAGAGAACGGAGAGAAGGAAGUGGAUCGGGUGUUUUGAGGAUGUCAGAGCAGUUCUGUUUGUGGUGUCGCUCAGCGGAUAUGACAUGACUCUGGUGGAAGACUCCUCCAUGAACCGUCUUCAGGAGAGUAUGAAGCUUUUCUCCUCCAUCUGCAAUAACGUCUUUUUCCGGAGCACAUCUAUGAUUUUAUUCAUGAACAAGAUAGACCUUUUUCAAGACAAGAUUUUACACUCUGGACGACAUCUACGGUUAUAUUUACCACAAUUCAAAGGCGCAGACUGUGAUGUGGACUCAGCCGCCCGUUUCAUCGCUGCCACCUUCGUCUCCCUCAACAACACACCCAGCAAACUUGUCUACCAUCACUUCACCACGGCAACUGACACUUCCAACAUCCAAGUCGUCUUCCAGGUGGUCAUGGACACAAUAAUCAAGGAGAACCUGGAAGCUGUAUCGCUCCUGUAGCCUGACUGUCAGCAUCCGUAUGAGCUGCUGCUAAGUGAGAUCUCAUCAAACCUCAAAUGAUGUCUCAUGUAGAAAGACUGAAACAGUCUGAAAAACAGAAAAGGCAGUAAACAGAAUAUGAAGAUCAUCUCUUCCUAACAUGUUACCGGCUGUCUGUUACAUGAGGUGCAGCCUGUGAUUCCUGGUUUGGAGCUGAAAGAGGCUUCACCUUACCUUCAUUUGGAGUCCUAAAUGUUGACUUUUAAACUCGGCUCUGAAAACAAUGGGCUUUUUUUUUUUAACUGUACUGCAAAAUGAAACAACAAACAGAUAAAUUGCUUUUUUAUGAACACUUGAAAAACAAUUUGGACCAUGUAUUUGUGUCCUUCUUUGUGGGGAGGGAGCAGGACGGGGAGAAGGUGAGGAUUUACUGUUUGUUCAUUAACUUCCUUGGCGCAGGGUUCACCCAUGCAUACCAUCAUGUUUUCCGCUCAUUUAUCACUGUGUCUCUGCUGUGCAGAUUGUGUGCGUCACACCCACCUAAUGAGGAUGUGAUCACUGUUAAAACAACCGGUUUGCGUUUACUUGAAAUCACCCAUGAGGCAAGCAUUUUAAAAACUAUGCCCUUGAUUGUCCCCAUGAAUAUUAUUGCUUAGCGAUGACGCCGGAAAAUGUAUUAUAAAUGGAAGUGUGUAUGAUAGAAACAUCCCUGAAGCAUCUGACUUGGAUUUAAUUUCCCUUCUUUCAUCUAUGAUGGUUAUUUUUCCGCUCUGACACAUAAACUGGUUUGUCAACAGGGUGGUGACUCCUGCAUUUGAUUAGUGGCAUUAACUUUGCUGGAGUUUGUUUUGAGGGAACCCUCUAAGCGACUGACUUCUAUCACACCAGCUUCUCUGACUCCAGUAAUAAACAAGCUAUAGUAAUGACUCAUAGUCUGAAUCCUGAAAGAAAAUCACACCCAAGUGCCUUAUAAUAAAGUGGGGUUGAUGUGUAAUUCAAAUACCUGUAAGAAAUGUGCACCUGUCUCCCCACUUUCAUGUUUUAUGCUGUAUCGCUUGUAUGCUUUUUAAACCUUGUGGACCACAACCUCAUAUUGUUUUAUGUUAUUAUAUUGUGCACUGCACUGAGUCAAUACAAAAAUAAAUGAAAGGCAUUUUUAUUGAACUUGUCUUUGGUGAUAAUCGUAUUAGAU